AUGAAUCGCCGCUCUCGAUCUCGCAUGCCGGGGCUCAGGCAGAUAGGCUCGGAGCUGGUGGCCGAGCGGUUUCUCUCCUUCGCGCCGAUGUCUUUCGUGCGGGAGGUCCAGUACAACACGUGUUGUUGCAACAUCGUGCAGGUGGGCAUGGACAUAGGCGAGGCACUGCCCAGGAGGAACGUGAUCUUUCUGGUCGGGGCGCAACUGGGAAGCAAGAGCGGCCUCACCGAGUACACCUUCGGAGCAGGACACUUCCUUGUGCAUUCCGCGCGGUUACAAGAGUGGGCAGUAUUCGAAUUUCAAGCGUGA